UCCUGGCAGUUUUUCUCACUCCAAAUAAGUAGAUUCAUAGCCAAAGGGAGGGGGUACUGGAUCUGCCUUGUGUGAAUUCAGAUCUGACACCCAUAUUCUAAGUGCCUGAGCUACCGUUUGUAAUCCAGCAUCACUCUCUUGUUUAUCUUCAUUUGCAGUCCACCCCUCCACCCCCCAAAGACUACAUGCAAGUAGAAUGAAUUGCUUUCACCCAACUGAACAAAUCACCGUCAGGAGAUGGUUGCUGCUUUGCAUGGGGAGCAGGCAGGCUGCCUGAGUGUGUCUGCCUUUGUCAGUCCAGUUUCCUCACUUGUGCAAAAGCUCUGAAGCCACAGAAGGGAAUAUACAUAUAUAUUUUUUUCACUUCAUCUGCAGGAUGGCUGCUGCUGCAUCUGUCUUUCCUUCUUCUCAAGCCCAAGGGAGCUCCUGAUCUCUUAUGUCUAUGAUUCCAGUCCGCAGAUUUGCUAAGGACCAGUUGAUAGCAUCAAUGAGGACUGCAUCUCAGCAUCUAGUCUCCAGCAGGUGAAUGGGACUAAGGAGAAGCUAAGAGCAGUGGAACACUGAUAAAGAGUGAAUCUUUUUGUGUGAUUAGUGCUAGAGUAUCAAACCUUUGAUUUCAUCUGUACAAGCUUUGGGAGAGGGUGCUAACAUGUGCAGUGCAGAGGCAUUCAAGUGUGUCUGUCUUGGGCUAUCACUGGAAUCUUAAAACAGCAUCUGAAGUCCCAGGGAAUCACGCAUUAACUUAACUUAAGGGGGGAUUUUGUUUCUAACAAUGACACAUUACUGGGUCUCUUUUCGGAGUAUGGUUUUAGAAUUCUGGGCAGUUUUUCUGUGCUACAUCUUCUGGCUUCAGAAUUGUCAAGGAAUGCCACACGUUAUCCGUAUAGGGGGCAUCUUUGAAUUCCUUGAAGGACCUACAGGACAGAUAGUGAGUGCAGAAGAACACGCCUUCAGGUUUGCAUCAAAUAUUAUCAACAGAAACCGAACAUUACUGCCAAACACAACUCUUACCUACGAUAUUCAGAGGAUCAAUCUCUACGACAGCUUUGAAGCAAACCGGAAAGCUUGUGACCAACUGGCACUUGGAGUGGUUGCCAUCUUCGGUCCUUCUCACAGCUCUUCAUCAAAUGCUGUCCAGUCUAUCUGUAAUGCAUUGGAAGUACCCCACAUUCAGGUUCGAUGGAAGCACCACCCUUUAGAUAACAGAGACACUUUCUAUGUUAACUUAUACCCAGACUACGCAUCUCUCAGCCAUGCCAUCCUGGACCUUGUACAGUUCUUGAAGUGGAGAUCAGCCACAGUGGUAUACGAUGACAGCACAGGCCUCAUCCGUCUGCAGGAACUCAUCAUGGCCCCAGCUAGAUACAACAUUCGUUUGAAAAUCCGUCAACUUCCUCCUGAGUCUGAGGAUGCUCGGCCCCUUCUAAAGGAAAUGAAGAGAGGUCGAGAAUUCCGCAUCAUCUUUGAUUGCAGUCAUGUUAUGGCAGCUCAGAUACUCAGACAGGCUAUGGCAAUGGGUAUGAUGACUGAAUAUUACCACUACGUUUUCACCACACUGGAUCUGUAUGCAUUGGACCUAGAGCCGUACCGCUACUCUGGGGUGAACUUGACUGGAUUUCGGAUCCUAAAUGUUGAGAAUCCGUAUGUUGCAGGCAUUGUGGACAAGUGGUCUAUGGAAAGGCUGCAAGCAACUCCCAAACCAGAAACUGGCCUUUUAGAUGGUGUUAUGACGACAGAUGCUGCUCUGACAUACGACGCUGUUCAUAUUGUGUCCGUUUGCUACCAGCGCGCACCUCAGAUGACAGUCAACUCAAUUCAGUGUCACCGACACAAAGCCUGGAGAUUUGGGAGCCGGUUUAUGAAUUUCAUCAAAGAAGCCCAGUGGGAAGGGUUGACCGGACGAAUUGUGUUCAACAAAACCAGCGGGCUCCGAACAGAUUUUGAUUUGGAUAUCAUCAGCCUAAGGGAAGAUGGCCUUGAUAAGGUGGGAACCUGGAACCCAUCAGAUGGCUUGAACAUCACAGAAGUUCCUAAAGGACGAGGACCAAAUGUUAGUGAAUCAUUGACGAACCGUACUCUCAUCGUCACUACAGUGCUGGAAGAGCCUUAUGUGAUGUUUAAGAAGUCAUCGGCUCCUCUUUUUGGCAAGGAUCGGUUUGAAGGGUUUUGCAUUGACCUCUUGAAAAACGUAUCUGCUAUCCUUGGGUUCGACUAUGAUAUACGUCUUGUAGAAGAUGGCCGAUAUGGAUCCCAAGAUGAAAAAGGCCAGUGGAAUGGCUUGGUGAAGGAGCUGAUUGAUCAUAAAGCUGACUUGGCCGUGGCCCCCCUUACCAUCACCCAUAUCCGUGAGAAAGUCAUCGAUUUUACCAAGCCAUUCAUGACCUUGGGGAUCAGCAUCUUGUACAGAAAAGCCAAUGGCACCAGUCCCAGUGUAUUUUCCUUUCUGAACCCUCUAUCCCCUGACAUCUGGAUGUACAUCCUCCUUGCCUACCUCGGUGUGAGCUGUGUGCUAUUUGUUAUAGCCAGGUUUAGUCCAUAUGAAUGGUAUGAUGCACAUCCCUGCAACCCGGGAACGGACAUUGUGGAAAACAACUUCACACUCCUGAACAGUUUUUGGUUUGCUGUUGGUGCAUUAAUGCAGCAAGGUUCCGAAUUGAUGCCAAAAGCCCUAUCUACAAGAAUUAUUGGCGGAAUAUGGUGGUUUUUUACACUCAUCAUUAUUUCAUCUUAUACAGCUAACCUAGCUGCUUUUCUUACAGUAGAGAGAAUGGAAUCUGCCAUUGACUCUGCUGACGAUUUGGCAAAACAAACAAAGAUAGAGUACGGAGCUGUUGCUGAUGGAGCAACCAUGAACUUCUUUAAGAAAUCUCACAUCUCGACCUUUGAAAAGAUGUGGGCGUUCAUGAGCAGCAAGCCAUCGGCACUCGUUAAGAGUAACGAGGAAGGCAUCCAGCGUGUCCUAUCAUCCGACUAUGCUUUGCUAAUGGAAUCAACAAGUAUUGAGUAUGUAACUCAGAGGAAUUGCAACCUAACACAGAUUGGCGGGAUCAUAGAUUCAAAGGGAUAUGGAAUUGGGACGCCCAUGGGAUCUCCGUAUCGUGACAGGAUUAGUAUUGCUAUUCUCCAACUUCUUGAAUCUGAUGAAAUCCAUAAGAUGAAAGAUCGGUGGUGGAGAACAAGUGGCUGUCCAGAGGAGAAGAAUAGGGAGGCCAGUGCACUUGGGAUCCAGAACAUGGGUGGUAUCUUUAUUGUGCUGGCAGCUGGACUCAUCCUUUCUGUAGUUGUAGCUGUGGCAGAGUUUGUGUAUAAACUUCGUAAGACAGCAGAGCGAGAGCAGAGAUCAUUUUGCAGCACAAUGGCUGACGAGAUCAGAUUAUCCCUCACCUGCCAGCGUCGAGUCAAACACAAACCUCAGCCACCCGUUCUCGUAAAGAGUGAUGCAGUAAUUAAUAUGCACACAUUCAAUGACAGGAGAUUGCCAGGGAAAGACAAUAUGACCUGCAAUACUGGAUUAGCACCUAUGUUCCCAUAGGACUUCUACAAAAUGGGAUAUAUGCACAGUAACCUGGACACAAGUAUCAAAACAACUACACUCUGUCUGAUGCCCUCAGUAGCAAUUCUGACUCUAUAGAAAGCUGUGGCAUCAAGCCAUCCUUACACUCUACAGAUUAUAAGUCUCCUGUUUACAAACAAUACUGACAGAGGCAACCUAUCGGCAAGUCAAUUUCAUCCUCAGUGGAUAUCGAGAAGCCACAGUAAGCUUGUGGCUUUUUUGAGCAUGGCAAUAAAGUUCAAAAUACCCCAUCCCACCAAUCAGAUGUGGGAGGGUCAAAUGAGUCUUGUAUUACACAGUCCGUUUGAAGCAUUCAUGUGACCUGCUUAACUACUCAGCAGGAACUCAUUCCUCAAAGCUGUGCCAGCGUGGAGUUUGCAAGAGGUGCAGACUCUUAGAUAUGUCUGAAUCAGACAGCAACUGGGUUCUUUAACGUCACUGCAUCAUGAAGAUUACUUCUUCAGAACUAAAGCAGAUCUGGGAACUGCUCCUAAGCCAAGGAAGGGAAAUUAUAAUUUCCUUGCCCACAGUGUUGCCCAAUUUUUCCCUUCCUUCGCACAGAUUCAACAAGACUCUUAGCACGAACUUUCAACUUGCAGAGAAAGUCAUUCCACACAGUGAUGUCAUGGCAUAAACACUUACGUUAUCCAUAUUUUGUGUAUUGCUGUUCAGUGUUUCCUUGCCACACCACUGCAUUUUUUCAAAGCAUCCGAAAAGAACAUGUCACCAAACCCCAAAUGAAAGUAACCAAAGAUAGUGCCUGUCAUAAGUUGGUAAUGUGUGCUAAAAAAAUGUCACUUGAUAGAAAGUAAAGGACUAUUUUUGUGUUACAGAUGUGCUCAACACCCAAAAGGCACUGUACACACCCUGGUAAAAUGAGUUCUGUAAUCAGGCAGCUAUUGGUAUUUGGUGACAUUGUUUAUCGGCUUGUCUUGUAAAGAAGCAGAAGUGUGGUGAUGUAGCUUAGUGAACAGAGUGAUUUUAUUGUUCUGCUCCAAAUUUAUAAAGACAGUUGGAAAAGUACAGCGUAAGUCUGUAACACAAACCAAUAUUGGUGCAGCUUUACUUUGGUGGGCUUAUAAUUAUAGCACAUUUUUUUUUCCAAAAAAAGAAAUUUGUGCUAAGACGGAUUGAAGAUAGAGAAAGAAAUAAGUGCUUUUUUUUUUUUUUUAAUACAUGUAUGCAAUAUGGCUCAUCCCAUACUCCUUGUAAUGAAUGUGACGUGACCAAGGCAAACAUGUAAUGUUCCGUACACAGAGACAGUGGAGACAGAGCACUUUCCACACACAGGCGCUUUGUUUUUUUAAUGUUAACUCUCCUUUUUGAUUUAUUUUCUUUGAACAUAAAAAUAAACAUGCGACGGAAACUGUUCAAUAGGUUACCUCUGGGUAAUUGACACCUUUUCUCUUUUUAAAGCAAAUAAAGUUAUAUUUGUUUCAA